AUGCUGAAAAGAUGUCCGUUCUGCGGUACAUUUUGUGAGCGAAGUGAUGGAUGUAAUCAUAUGACGUGUGUUUGUGGAGAAUCGUUUUGUUAUGUGUGCGGAGAGAAAUGGGAUGGUGUGGUGGAUCAUUAUGAAUGUGUCGUUGACGUUUCUGUGCGCGUAUAUUUGUUCGACGUGAGUGACGCGGAUGCUGGAGGCAUCUCAGUGAAUACACUCCAGGAAUGUCUUGAUUAUCGUCGCCGCAGAAGUGCGCAAAAUCUUUGGGAUAGUAUGAAGAAAUUUGUUCGUGUUCUGAAUGGCGAUGCCAAGGCAGCUCAUCGUGCCGUUUCACUUUACGCUACU